AAACUCAUUUAAUAAGCGAUUGAGAGUUGAUAGGGAAGUUUUAACCUUCUUUUAAAUCUACAUAAAGAAGGAGAGAUCAAAGUUGGCCGAAUCUGCUCAGACAAACAUUCAUAAUAAGCAGAAAUCUUUCGUCAAAAAAUUUGUUAAUUAUUUCUAAACCCUAAUACGUAUGGCUUGUACAAAUGUAACCAACAAGAACCAAUAUGCCUUUGAUAAUUUAAAAUUAACGGUUGAAUUUUUCCUACUUUUGGUAAUUUGUAUAGUUUAUACUGCCGGCCCUCAAUUUGUACUGAUCAUAGCCUCUUAAAGUUGUCUAUUAUGCUAGUAUGUGCUUUCUAUUCUAUAUAUUUCAUGUGGCAGUACUGUGAUUAUUAUUAUUAUUUUGGUAAUUAUGGGCCUCAAUGGUAACUAAUAAAAAACGCCUCAAAUACCUGAAAAUGUGGACUAAUAAUUUAAUAAUGCUUAGAGCAUCUCCAGCCGAACGUCAAAUUUUCCGCCAUUUACUUGUGGGUGAACAGUGCGACGCCAAUAUUGGCGUGGCACUGUUCACCUACGCUAUUUUGCUCUCUCAACCGGAAAAACACGCGAAAAGGAGAAUGAUCGUUACCUUCGCAAAAGCACAUAAAAUAGCGUUCGAUUGGAGCAGCACCAUGGCAUUUUGGAGUUUUGCUGUUUUUUGCCGUGAAAAAUGGAGUUCUCCGUUGGAGAUGCCCUUAUCCAUUGUAGUCAAGAUUUUGUGUGCAAUCAUAAGUUAAAUAUCUAUCAUUCAACUUCUACAUUUUAUUAGAUUGGUCCUCUUCCAUUUUCAUAAAGUUUUAAAAAGAUAUAAUAGCUCCAUUUUAUUAGCUUGGUCCUCAACCACCUAUUAAAAAUAAAUAAAUUUAUUGUUAUUUUUUUUUAAGCUGUGGGGUAUACAUAGGGCAAAUGAAAGAAACAUUAAUAAGGCUUAUUAUUCAUGAUUGGCCGGCAGAAAUUGAACACGGCAUCGAGUCAAAUAAUAAUUUCAAGGCCAUCGUUUAGAUUCUAGAAAUAUCCUAACAAAGAGAAGACAGCCUUCAUUUGUUAACAAUUUGUUUCUCUGUUAUGCAGGCAUUAGAUCACCACUUUGACUCUCUCUUGAGGAAGCAAUCAAUUUAUAAACAACGUGAAGGUUUGACAAAAUUGUCUAAGAAAAGAGAAGAAGAUGAUGAAAUUGAUGAAUCCAGCACAAGGAGAUUGAUUUCUGUAUUGGCUGAGAUGGGCUGUGGCUCUUCCAAAACCUUAAUAAAGUCAGUAAGCACCAGAGAAGAAUUUCACACACCUUUACAGAAGAAAACAAGCGGGCAUGAAGAAACAUUAGUCUCCAAGAAUGGAACAGAACACCAAUUUAUAACUAUUCUCUGCACCUCCAACAGUCCAGCCAAACAGCUUUAUGAAGAGGAAUCCUCAAAGCAAUCAUCUCCCACAUGCAAUAAUGCAUCACCAACCAAAAGCUUCAAUUUGAUGGCGCCGAUAAUCGAAGCUGGGGAAUCUGAGAAUAACAUAGAGAUUAUCAAUUCAUGGGAGUUACUGGCUGGUUUAGAGGAUGACGAUGAAGUUGAAGAACAAAGAAAAACAGACUGUUCGAUGAGCUUGAAUUCAAUCAAACAGUCUUCUGAAAGUUCAAAGGAUGGUGGAGAAGGUGAGAAGGGAUUGAAGAGAAAGAUGAUGGCCACCGAGCUUGUGGCUUUGAAAGUCCCAGCAUUCGAGUUUGCGAGGACAGGGAGCUUGAGAGACUGGCUGAUGCAGGGAGGGCAAGUGAUGCCUAAUGGAUCACAUGUGACACCUAAGUUUGGAAGUUUUGAACAUCCAACAGCAGGUGGAACUAGUGAAAGUUUUGAGGAGAAUGUAUUUGAUCCAGCUCUAGUUGCUCAGCUUGAGCAAGCAAUGGAAGAUCUAACAGUAGAGGAGGAGCAGAUUUUGAACCAAAUUGUAGAGAAAUGGGAAGGCAGUGUGAUGUCUUCUGAGAGUUGGAAGUGAUGGUAGAUAGAAGGAAGAUUAGCAAUUAACUUCAGGUUCUGUUAAGAUUCAUGUGAGAAUGGAGAUUAGCUCUAUAUCGAAGUUGAAAUAAAAAUAAAGAUUCUAAUAUAAUACUAAUACCUUUAACCUAGAAGGUUACAAUUUUGAAUCGAUGAAUGUAAAUUGACAAGAAUGCUAAGCUUAAUUUAGGUUCCUAAUGAGGACAUCCGACCUUGGAGAGUUUAUCAGAUAUGGGGCUGACGAUCAACGGCCACGAUUACACCGCUUUAUUUUUGAGUUAUUAAUGACUUUUGAUU